GUACUGGAACAUUGUAGAACACUUGGUGUACAUGCUCGAGUUUUGCCUGAAAAUCGUACCAUCGUGCCUUAUCUGGAAAAGAAAAUGCUUGAUCUUGGAAUUACGGGACCCGAAGGCUUUUUACAAUCGAGGCCUGAGGAGUUGGAAAGCGAACGCGUGAACAGUUUGUGUGUGUUGAGCCAGUUGAGCAACUGUCCUGUUUCAGUUUUGUCGAUUUCUUCGGCUGAAUCGUUAGCGGCAUUGGAACGGGCACGGUGUUCGGGAGCCAUAGCUCAUGCCGAAAUUGCGAGUGCCGCAAUGGUUGCUGAUGGAACUCACUAUUUCAAUAAGUGCCUAAAGCAUGCAUCCACACAUAUGACUGAAGUUCCGCUGAGAACGGAGGGCUCAAGCAAACUUAUAUCAGCGCUGGCUAGUCAACCUCUCGCUGUCUGUACCUCGGGUCAUCGUGCUAUUUCAACGGAUAGUCGCCUGUGUGCUAAAGAUUUCACAUCUAUGCCGAAAGGAACAGUGGGCGUCGAAGAGCGGAUGUGUGUGGUAUGGGAGAAAGCAGUGCGUACAGGACGAAUUGAUCCCAUGCGAUUUGUCGCGGUUACAUCAACAAAUGCUGCGAAAAUGUUCAAUCUGUACCCGAAAAAGGGGCGUAUUGCUGUUGGUGCAGACGCUGAUCUUGUUCUAUGGGAUGCAUCUGGCCGCUGGAAAUUGUCGGCCGCCGAAAGACAAUCAUCCGUUGAUCUCACUGUAUAUGAGGGCAUGACUGUGCAUGCGCAGGCAGCAGUGACGAUAGUGGGUGGUCGUGUGGCAUGGAAAGAUGGCAAGAUUCAAGACGUCAAAGGCGGUUUUAUACAGCUGUCACCUAAUAGCCCCUACUUGUUCAGUGUAGUUCAGCAAAGAGACAAGAUCAAUACUGCUGAAAAAGUCGAUCGAGCUGAUGCACCAGGUGUGUCGUCCAAUGGGCAUCUUCCCAGGCGAGGCAAUCCGGAACCAUCACCGUUUGAUCGACCAAUUCCUCGAAAGUCACAUAUGGAAUCGAAUAUCAGUUUUGGCGUUGAUAGCCGACCAGCAACGACACGAGUCCGAAAUCCACCGGGAGGUCGAACGACAGGGUUCUGCUUAAAAAUGGCUCUGCUAAUCAAGAAUGGCACCGUUGUUAACGAGGAUGCAAUGUUCAACGCUGAUAUUCUGGUCAAGGACGGCAUCAUCGUCGAGGUAGCUCCUUCAAUCAAUGCUGCGAAUGGCGUUCAAGUGCUGGACGCAAAAGGAAAGAUGGUGAUUCCAGGUGGUAUCGAUCCUCACACUCACAUGCAGCUGCCAUUCAUGGGUGAAGUAGCUGUAGAUGACUUUUACCAAGGAACACGAGCAGCCCUUGCGGGUGGGACAACAAUGAUUAUCGAUUUCGUGAUUCCAACGAAGGACAGCACUCCGUUGGCUGCUUACAAGCAAUGGAGGGAAUGGGCUGAUCCCAAGGUGUGUUGCGAUUAUGGCUUAUCGAUGGCAAUUACCAGUUGGAAUAAAGAAAUUGAAAGGCAAAUGGAAGAGGUGGUGAAGCCAGAAUACGGAAUAAAUUCGUUCAAAUUCUUCUUGGCUUAUUCGGGCUUAUUUAUGGUACGCGAUGAAGAGUUCUUCCAAGGUAAUUACAUUUGA